AUGGCUCAGCUGAAUCGAAGCAAUGCAGGAGAUGGUGCUGGGAUUAGAUGCAUGUUAGGGCAGGAGAUUGCAGGCUCAGUUCGAGCCUUAUCUUCAUCAACGACUUAUCUUCAAGAAGGAGAUGAUAUCUCAGAUGUGGAUUUACUUAUAGCUGAAGGGGAGGGUGCUAUAAAGAAGAAAAGGAGACCUAGGAGAGGAGAAGACUUCAAAUUACGUGAAGCUUUUGUGAAGGCUGAUUUCUGGCUUCUGUUCAUGGUGUACUUUUUGGGCGUUGGUUCAGGUGUGACUGUUCUCAAUAAUUUGGCACAGAUUGGAAUUGCGCAAGGAACAAGUGACACUGCAAUCCUCUUAUCUAUUUUCAGCUUUGGCAAUUUUCUGGGACGUCUUGGUGGUGGUGUUGUUUCUGAACACUUUGUUAGGUCAAAAACAAUCCCACGCACAGUUUGGAUGACAGUGUCUCAACUUGUCAUGGCUAUAGCGUACCUUCUAUUUGCAUCAGCUCUGAACGGGACCCUUUUCGCAGCAACAGCAUUACUUGGAGUAUGCUAUGGGGUUCAAUUUUCUGUCAUGGUCCCUACCGCCUCUGAACUUUUUGGGUUGAAGCAUUUUGGUGUCAUAUACAAUUUCAUGUUGCUCGGAAAUCCUCUAGGUGCAGUUAUUUUCUCAGGGGGUUUAGCUGGUUAUUUAUAUGAUAAGGAAGUAGAAAAGCAGCAACAGCAAGGAGUUGAUGGUAUGAUUUUUGCUUCAAGUGUAUCUUGCUUGGGUCCUAAGUCCUAACUGUUUUAGGCUUACAUUCCUGGUUCUAGCCGGUGUGUGGUUUGGGUUCCAUUUUGAGUGCAAUUCUUACAAUCAGAAUAAGACCUGUCUACCAAAUGUUGUAUGCUGGGGGCUCUUUCCGUCUGCCUCCUCCCACCCAGGGUUCUUCACAACAUUGAUUAAACCUCUCAGAUAUUGAUGUUCUGGAGUUUUAGGAUUGUAAUUGUGGUAAUAAUACAAUAAUUUAAUGGAAACAUCUGAUGUAUCGUAUUAGUUCCUUGAGUCUUGGGGAAUAGGCACACAACUA